CUCUUUUUUCUUUUUCCUUUCAUUUUUCUUUUUCUACCCUGCUUCCUCCCGCGCGCACUAGCCCCUCUCCCUCUCCCCGUGCGUUUUCGUCGUCCUCCAGCCCGCCGCCGUGCACCACCGUCCGGCGACACCGUCCAGCCCAAGGCCUUCCCCACCCUCCGGCGACCUCCCCCACCCCAGUUUCCCUUCCCAACGCUCUCUCUCUCUCUCUCCGCUGGCCUUGUGGAACCCAUUCGGGUUGUGAGUCUUCUCUGCCGCCGUGCGCCGCCGUGCGCCGCCGUGUGCCUCACCGCCCCUCCCAUUCUCUUUCUCACCGGCCGGCGACUAUCCCCCUCCAUUCCCAGCUCCUCCUGCGCCGCCAUUAGCCCCUGCGCGCGGCCUCAAGCCGCGGGAUUCCUUGCGUCUUUGCGCCGCCGUUGCGCCACCUCCGGCCGCCAUUUCUUCACUACAUCAUCUUUGACCCCCCAGCAACAUAGCCCACCCAUCCCCAGCUCCUAUCCGCCACCGGUGAAGCCCUACUAUCAACAUUUCUGUUUUGAGCAUUUUGGCCUUCAAUCGCCCUCUACGUCGCCACCCACGGCCAACCAUCACUACUAUUAGUUUCACCGACAUCUCUAAGCCAUUUCUUAGUAAUCUCGGAUCUUGAUUUGUCCUUGUUCAAAAGUGAAUUUUUGAGACCCACGGCCACAGUGCAUUUUGCACUGUUCUGUUGCUGUCUCUUGCACCUCAGUGAUCAUUCAAAAAUUAUAAUAAAGCGCUGAAGAUGGUACGACCUAAAAGGCCGACCAAUGAGCUCGAGGAUGAAUUAUCGAGAGGUGAUGGGAAUUACGCCAUGGCAAGGGCGUUAAAUCAGAUGACGGACUUCCUUCAGCAAAAUUUUUGUCCACUGCAAGGAGAGCAGAAUAGGGUGGUGCAAGUUGGGUGCACCUAUGAGCAUUUCUUGGUGCAUAAGACCCCUGCCUUCACUGGCGAAGAGGAUUCACUUCAAGCCGAGAGGUGGAUUGGAGACCUCGAGAGGACAUUCGAAGUCUGUGGUUGUACGGAGGCCCAGAAGGUGUUGUAUGGGAGUUACCUGCUGCAUGGUGAAGCAGCUAAUUGGUGGAAGACUAAGCGGGAACUCCUAGAGAUGGAGUUGGGAUCUUUUGCGGCUGUGUCUUGGCAGCGCUUCAAGAAAGAGUUCGACGACCGUUUCUUCGUUGUUUUUGUGAGACGGCAGAAAGCACGAGAAUUCAAUAAUUUGGUCCAAGGGGAUAUGACUGUUGAGCAGUAUGCUCGAAAAUUUAUAGAGCUCGGGCGAUUUGCGAUUCAUCUGAUUGCCACCGAAGAGUUGCGGGCUGAACGUUUUCAAGAAGGGUUGCGCCCUCAGAUCCGCAGACAAGUUGCGUGCCUACAAAUCCAGAACUUUCAGAGGUUGGUCGAGGUGGCCUCUAUUGCUGAGCAAGAGCGAGGUACUGUGGCAGGCUCCCCUUCGAGUAAGAAGCGACUGAACGUUGAUGGUGAAGGGAGCAGCUCCGGGUUGCCACAGAAGUUUGUGCAAAGGACUUGGGCCCGAUCGCAGGCAGCCUCUGGUGUACGUAUUGGGGGUCGAGCUCCAGUUUGUGGUAGAUGUAAUAGAGCCCUUGAGGGCCAGUGUCGUCAGGGUUGGAACCAGUGCUUUGAGUGCGGUCAGUCAGGGCACUUUGCUCGUGAGUGCCCUAAUCGGACCCAAGGGAAUCAAGGUGGUCAUCGCGGUGGUAGAACUAAUCAGAGGCAAGUAGUUCAGGCUCAGGUGUACGCGUUGACUCCAAGUAGUGCUGGCGACGAGGUUCCAGAGACUCAAGACGCUGGAAUUAUGGCAGAUUUUGAUGUAGAUGACGACGACGAGCCUUAGGCUUUGGCUCCGCUGGAGGAGUGACCUUGGGUUGCUCACGUGUAUCGAGAUUUAUUUUCCCACUUGUUAUGUAUAUUGCCUUUUGUAAUAUAUUUUGGGACAACUGUAUUACUCUUUAGAACAUUUUGUUUUAAGUGGAUUUGUAUCAAACAAUUUUGGUACUUAGUUGACUUACUUAAAUUAUUUGCUGUGUUUU